AUGGAUAGCACAGAUGAACGUCAGAAAAAAGUCUUUAAAGCACGAAAAACCAUGAGAGUAAGUGAUCGACAACAACUUGAAGCUGUCUAUAAGGUUAAAGAGGAGCUGUUGAAGACAACUGAAGUUAAACUGUUAAAUGGAAAGCAUGAGAAUGGAGAUUCUGAUUUGAAUUCCCCUGUAAGCAAUACAGACUCUAUGGAGGACAAGAGGGAAGUUAAUGGCCUGGUGGACUUAUGUGUUAACUCUGAAGAAGGCAGAAGAGCUUCUGAUGAAACUAGUGAAGCCAAAAGCCCUGAAAGUAGGGCAGGCAACAUAGUCGGUGAUAUACAACCCAAACCUCUAACGCAGUCUCUGGAGAAUGUUACUCCUGAACAAGGUAAAGAUACUGAUAAUGCUUUAGCUUGUGAGGCUGAAAAUGGAGUGCUUGGUAGCAAUAAAGAUGACUUCCACGAAAAAAGUAAUACAAAAGAUCAUUUGGACCAAAGAGAGAGCAACAUCCCAUUGAUAGGUGAAAGUAAAUCGACCUGUGGUAUUAGUGACUCUUUAGAAGAGAAGGUAGAAACUCAUGACUUAAGCAUUACUUCCAAUUCAUCUGCGGAGGAAAAGAGCACUGAAGAAGUAACUGUUGAAGAUGCUGUUGGAGAAGAAGCCAUCUCUAGCAGUAUGGAAGCUGACCAGGAAGCAAAGGACAUACAAGAUGGCACUACAGGUCUUCCAGAAACGACUGUUCAGAAAACAACAGAUGAGCCAAGUGAAAGUAUCUUGGACAAUACUGACUCUAUGGAAACAGAUGAAAUUAUUCCUAUUUUGGAAAAACUAGCCCCUGCUGAAGAUGAACUGGGCUGUUUUUCUAAAAGUCCUCUGCUUCCAGUGGAUGACAGCAUCCCAGAUUUAGAAGAGAAAAUAGACAGCUGUUUAGGUUCACCAUCCAAGCAGGAAAGCAAUGAAAGUCUGCCAAAAGAGGCUUUCUUAGUGUUGUCUGAUGAAGAGGAUCCCUGUGAUGAGAAGGAGGAAUGUCCUGAAGCGAUACUACCAAACAAGUCAAGUCUUCCAGAAGAGGUGGAAAAGGAGAUAAGAAAGGAAAGUAAGGAGGAUAAAGAAGAAGAUGCCUACAAAGAAGAAGAGAAACAGACAGAGAGAAGUGAAGUGUCAAGGAGAAAGCGUUCCAAAUCUGAGGACAUGGAUAGCAUUCACUCUAAACGUCGUCGAUAUAUGAAAGAAGAUUAUGAAGCAGAACUCGAAGUAAAAAUUACAGCCAGACAGGAUGUCGACCAAAAAUUACAAAAGGUUAUCCAGAGACUGUUAGAUGAAAAAUUUACUGCUUUACAGUGUGCUGUGUUUGACAAGGCUCUGGCAGACUUGAAAACCCGAAUAGAGAAAGUGGAAUGUAACAAGAGGCAUAAAACCGUGCUUACUGAACUGCAGGCUAAAAUUGCUAGAUUGACAAAGCGGUUUGGAGCAGCCAGGGAGGACUUGAAGAAAAGACAAGAAGCUUCACCAAAUACACCUCUAUCUUCAGCAAAAUCAGCAAGUGAUGCUGCAAACACAAGCAACAUGACAUAUCGAAAUGCCAACACAGUGAGGCAGAUGCUGGAGUCAAAGAGGAAUACUGGAGAGAGCAUACCAGCAACUUUUCAAGCCCCUGUGAAUGCAGUGCCAGCUUCCAGUCUUGCUGCUCCUCCAACACUUGUCAGUGGACAUCCUAAGCCUCAGGCUCCAGUGACCUCCACCAGCAAUUUGACGACAACAGUUCUUCCCACAGCCAACACAGCUACCGUUGUAGGCACUAACCAAGUGCCCAGUGGCAGCACUCAGUCAGUGUCUGUCUCGUUGCAGUCUUUGCCUGUAAUCUUGCAUGUACCUGUGGCAGUGUCAUCCCAGCCUCAGCUCCUGCAAGGCCACACAGGAACUUUGGUCACUAACCAGCAGUCAGGCAAUGUUGAGUUUAUAUCCGUACAAAGUUCUUCUACAGUUGGUGGCCUUACCAAAACUACAGUGUCUUUGGCAUCAACUAACCCAACUAAACCAAAUAACAGCCCGUCUGUGCCUAGUCCUAGUAUUCAGAGGAACUCUGCAGCCAGUGCUGCGUCAAUAGGCACAACGUUGGCAGUACAGGCUGUUUCUACUGCACAUACUGUUGCCCAGGCCCCAAGGACUUUGCCCACAGUGGGUACUUCAGGACUUAAUAAUGCUACCAGCAGUCGAGCUCCCCUACAGAUGAAGAUUCCUCUCUCUGCAUUUAGUAGUACAGCUCCUGCUGACACCUUCCCUCCCCCCCCUGCCGUUACAGCACCCAGAGUUGAAAACCAGACAAGCAGGCCACCAACAGAUACUUCGGCAAACAAGCGAACUGCUGAGGGAACACCACAGAACGGGAAGGUCACAGGAAGUGAUUCAGGAGCUGUCAUUGAUCUUACACUGGAUGAAGAGGAUGAUGGCUCUUCUCAAGCAAAUGGCAAGAAGCAGAAGCAGACACCUGUUACAGGAUUGAGCAUAUCCACCCAGCCUUUGGCUCGACCCUUGCAGCCUUUACAGCCUUCACAGCCAAACCCUGUACAGCAGACAGGAGUACCAACAAGUGGACCUUCCCAGACCACCAUACAUGUGUUACCUACAGCUCCGACAACAGUGAAUGUAACUCAUCGGCCACUGACUCAAACUGCUGCAAAGCUUCCUAUACCAAGAACCCCUGCAAACCAUCAGGUGGUUUAUACCACUCUUUCUGCACCACCAGCUCAGAAUCCUGUAAGAGGAGCUAUCAUGUCAAGCCCAAGUUUAAGGCCAGUCAACCCACAGACUGGAGGUAUGACAGUACGAAUGCCUCAAACAACUGCAUAUGUUGUGAACAAUGGACUAGCUCUUGGAUCUGGAACGCCUCAGCUUACAGUGCAUCAUCGACCACAAGUGCAUGCUGAGCCACCACGCCCUGUACAUCCUGCCCCACUCCCAGAGGCACCACAGCCACCACGUCUGCCCCCAGAAGCUGCCAACACUUCUCCACCUCAAAAACCACAGCUGAAGCUGGCACGGGUACAGAGCCAAAAUGGUAUUGUGCUAUCAUGGAGUGUCAUGGAGGUGGACAGGAGCUGUGCCACUGUGGACAGUUACCAUCUCUAUGCCUACCACGAGGACCCAAGCGCCACUAUGCCUUCCCAGUGGAAGAAGAUUGGGGAAGUGAAGGCCCUCCCGCUACCUAUGGCAUGCACUCUUACACAGUUUGUGUCUGGCAGUAAAUACUACUUUGCGGUGCGGGCUAAGGACAUCUAUGGACGUUUUGGACCCUUCUGUGACCCCCAGUCCACAGAUGUGAUCUCUUCCCAGAGCAGUUAAACUAGAGAUCUUUGGAGCCUUUAAACCUGUCCUACUACCAAGAAUUACCCCAGUUUUGGGGGUUGAUUCCCUGCAUGAAAUUCACUUUUAAAUCCUCUCUCUGCAGGAUUAUUUUAGACAGUUGUGUGGUACACUACAUGCAUUCAGAACCAAAAGAAAAAUAAAAGUAUCACCUGCAGCAAGAGAGCCUGUGUUUUUCUGGAUAGCUCAAGUCAUGGGCUGUUU